UGAAAUGGCCUUGCAAUGAACCCUCCCUCCAACACACAAAGCAGCUUAAACGACAAACAAAACCCUAAAUCCUCAAAAGUUGAUGGCUUCAUCAAUCUUCUACACAAUUUUGAGGAGAACAUACCACACAAGAGGUAGGGAUAUCCACCUUUUUACAAGAAUCAGCCCUCUUGGGGACCCUGAUAAUAAUGCCGCUUCAGUUCUUGAUCAGUGGGUGGGAGAAGGCAGGAAGGUCAAGGAGCUUGAGCUCCAGAACAUUAUCCGCGAUCUUCGUUCCCGCAAGCGCUAUACUCAGGCCCUCCAGGUUUCGGAGUGGAUGAAUAGCAAGGGACAUUCCUCAUUCUCACCAGCUGACCAUGCAGUGCACUUGGAUCUGAUUGGUAAAAUUCGUGGAGUGGAGUUUGCAGAGAGCUACUUCAAUAACUUGGCUGACCAAGACAAAAUUGACAAAACCUAUGGUGCUCUUCUAAGUUGUUAUGUCACUGAAGGCCUGGUAGACAAGUCCCUCUUCCAUGUGGAGAAGAUGAAGGCGUUGGGUUUUGGUGUCACUGUUCUCACCUAUAAUAAUCUAUUGUGCCUCUACGCUAAUAUUGGUCAGCUCGAGAAAAUUCCUGAUGUUUUUACAGAGAUGAAGGCCAAUGGAAUCAACCCUGAUAACUUUAGCUAUAGAAUUUGCAUUAACUCUUAUGGGGAAAGAUCUGAUCUUAAGAAUAUGGAGAUGGUGCUAGAAGAAAUGGAGUCCCAGCCUUAUAUAACUAUGGACUGGUCAACGUAUUCCAUGGUGACUAAUUUCUACAUAAAAGCAGGCCUCAAGGAGAAAGCUCUUAUAUGCUUAAAGAAAUGUGAAGAGAAAGUAGGCAAAGAUGCACUAGGCUACAAUCAUUUGAUUUCACUCUAUGCAAGUCUUGGAAGUAAGGAUCAGAUUAUGAGAUUGUGGGACCUUUCAAAAAUCAAGCGUAAGAAACAACCGAAAAUGAACCGGGACUACAUAACCAUGAUGGGAUCUCUGGUGAAGCUUGGAGAACUUGAAGAAGCUGAAAAAUUGCUGACGGAGUGGGAGGUUUCUUGUGAUUAUUAUGAUUUCCGAGUGCCAAAUGCUCUACUUAUCGGAUAUUGUCAGAAAAGCUUGAUCGAAAAAGCUGAAGCAAUGCUUCGUGGCAUAGUCGAGAAAGGGAAAACUCCAACUCCCAAUAGUUGGUCUAUCAUUGCAGCGGGGUACUUGGGUAAGCAAGAUAUGAAAAAGGCUUUUGAGUGCAUGAAGGAAGCUCUGUCUAUACAGUCUGAAAAUAAAGGAUGGAGGCCUAAACCAAAUAUUAUUUCUAGCAUAUUGAGUUGGCUUGGUGAUACUGGUACUAUCGAAGAAGUGGAGGCAUUUGUGAAGUCGUUGGAGACGCAGCUGCCAAAAGGUAGGGAAAUGUACCAUGCCCUGAUCAAAGCAAAUAUCAGAUUUGGCAAAGAAGUGGAUGGACUCUUGGAGAAAAUGAAAGCCGACGAAAUACCAGAGGAUGAUGAUGAAACAAGGGCAAUCCUUAGCUCAAGACAGCAAAAAAACCCAAAUCCGAUUACUGGAGAUGAUGCUUAAAGAUGCUGCCAAUGUGAAGCUGUAGUCAAAGUUUUACGUGGGGUGCUGUCUUCAAUCCACAACCAUUGCUUCUCAGCCUCAAAAUCGCUGGAUUGAAAGCGGAAAUAGCUCUGUGGUAGCAAACUAACAAUCUUGUUUUCGUUUAUAGUUGAUUCUUCAGUUGUAUUUAUUGGAUUUGUUUAUUUUGUAAUCAUUUAUUUAUCAGUUUCUAAUUAGCUUGCCGUUGUUGUU